AUGAGUUACCAGUGUAAAAGGGCUAAUUCUGAAUCGUUUUCUUGGAGCUUUCCUUUGUUUCUUUUGCUGUGGAUAUUCUUGCUGUUCCCCCAUCAUGUUGAAGCUUUCCCCACGUGGAAGAUCGAGCUGGAAGGAGGGAGAGCUGCACUCAGGAAAUCCUACCAGAUCCCUACCUCACCGGAAGAGCUGCCCAACACAUUUCUGGUGCGCAGGAAGCGUUACGCCAUUAACCCCUUGCUCCACAAGUGGGAUCACUUCAACAUCACCUACAAGAUCGUGAAGUUUCCAAGCACUCUGAACAAAGAUGACACCAGGAAAGCCAUUGCAAUCGCCUUUGUAAUGUGGAGCGAUGUCUCACCUCUCACCUUCACUGAGGUCCCAGCACAAAAGGAUGCAGAUAUCACCAUUGGGUUUUACACGUUCAACCACACUGACUGCUGGUUUGCCCCUCUCCACCCCUGCUUCGACGGACUCAACGGAGAGUUGGCACACGCCUUCCUGCCACCACUCGGAGAGAUUCACUUUGAUAAUCACGAGUUCUGGAUUCUGGGCAAGUCCCGAUUCAGCUGGAAGCAAGGUGUUUGGCUGAAUGACUUGGUCCAGGUUGCAGCUCAUGAGAUUGGGCAUGCACUUGGGCUGAUGCACUCCCGCAACAUGAGUGCACUGAUGCACCCCAAUGCAACGUACACAGGGCAGCGACGGAUCACACAGGAUGACAUCUGGGGAAUCCAGAGACUCUACGGCUGCAUUGAUAAGAAAAGGCUGUGCGAUCCCUGGGCUCGCGUUGGGUUCUGUGAGAAGCGACGUUCGUUCAUGAAGAGGCAUUGUCCUAAAGUGUGCGACCUGUGCUUUGAACCACCAGAUGCAGUAAUUACAACCACAGCUCUACCUCAGAAUAUUAAGAUGAAAUAUGUGUCCAAAGGUCGUAUUGUGACCUUCCGCUGUGGACAGGCUCCCUCAAGGAUAAAUUCUCUUAAAGUCAGUUGGUACAAGGAUGGGGAACUACUGGCUAAUUCCGUCCCCGGAUACUUCAUUGUGAAAGGGCAGGACCUCAGUAUUGUAGCAAACGAGUUUAACGAGGGCCUGUACACCUGUCAAGUCCAGCGCAAGACCACCACGAUUCAAGCCAAUUCUUGGUGGAUCAGAGUCAAGGAAGACAAUGAUAUUACUGAGCCACAAAAUACCAACUUGCAUUAA